UCAGCCACGAGGUUACUUCUAUAGUAAGUCUAUCUCUGUUUACUCACGAUAUAGGUUUAUGGGUUUAUAAUUCAAUCCGCAAGCGGGGUGUAGUGCACUCUCUGUAUGCUUUGCUUUUCUUUCGAUUAAUGCAAUAUCAAGCCGGGCAAGCGGCCCUCCGCAUGGCUGGCCCGGGGGGAGCCGGGGGCCGAGGUUUCGGUCUCAUCUCGUCUAAAUCACCCGGAGUGCCGGCGAUUACUACAUGUCCAUAUCAGUCACCCCAUGCCACGCCAGCUUCGGUAGCACAUGCAUAUUAUGAUUGUGUCCCCUGUCUAGAAAUUAUGUCUAUUCUAGUUACAUAUAUUCAUCCAUAAAUCCCUAAUUCCAUAAAUCCAUACGUUGACAGUUCAGUUCGCCCCAUUACUGCACUAUUCCACCAUAAUCGAUCCUAUCCUCACUAACACGAUGGCGUCACAGACCUUAGACUUAGAUCUUCAGAACACUCACUCGCCCAGAAGAGAACAAGAUUUAUCACAUCCUUUAAGUCUCGCAUUUAACCUAUCAGAAUCUCGAUUUUCUAAUAGGUCGCCAUCUAUAUCCUCCGUUUCAAGUCAGGACACCAUGUCGAGCAACACUACUAACACAUCCGCUUCGUCGCACCAAGUAGUUGAAAAUGCAUACUUCAACUCCAACCCGCCUCCCAAGGCUUUACCGCAGCGUGUUGCGGCCGCUGAAUCGUUUAUAAAUCAGCAUGCAGCGGCUAACAGGCGGGUCGUUCUCGUCACCUCGGGCGGGACUACCGUGCCUCUCGAAAAGCAGACAGUACGUUUUAUAGAUAACUUCAGCGCCGGAACAAGAGGUGCCACAUCGGCCGAGUAUUUUCUAGAGUCUGGAUAUGCUGUUAUUUUUAUGCAUAGACAGUUCAGUUUACUCCCAUACAGUCGGCAUUAUAGUCAUUCUACCGACUGCUUCCUAGACUUCCUGCAUGAGGACCCAGAUGGCAGUGUCGUCGCAAAUCCGGCGCACCAAGACAAGAUGCUACGUGUGCUGCGCAAGUAUAACGCUGCCAAACGACAGAACCUCCUACUGAUGAUCCCGUUCACUACUAUCACCGAUUAUUUGCACGAGCUACGCGCGGUGGCGCAGCUCAUGCGCCCACUGGGCCCUAAUGGCCUAUUAUAUCUAGCUGCGGCAGUAAGCGAUUUCUUUGUACCGGAAGAACGCAUGUCGGAACACAAGAUUCAAAGCACAGACGUCACAGACAUGCUCAAGAAACAAGGGCCGACGACAAUCACGAAGGAGGCGAGGGACUCGUCGGACUCGUCGAACCUAGAAGAGGAGGUGUUCGACAACUUUGACUCAUCACCAACAGUGCCGCGGAGCAAGCGCCUUAUUGUUGAUUUAGAUCCAGUACCUAAAUUCCUGAAGAAUCUCGUAGACGGCUGGGCGCCCGAGGGCAUGAUCGUCUCGUUCAAGCUGGAGACUGAUCCAGCGAUCCUCGUCCAUAAGGCCAAGUACUCGCUUGAGCGGUACCAGCACCACCUCGUUAUUGGGAACCUGCUGUCGACGCGCAAGUGGGAGGUCGUCUUCGUAGCGCCUAACCAAGAGGAUAACUGGAUUCGCGUCCCCAUCCACCAACGCAAGAAGACGUUGAGCGGCGUCGAGGAAUUUACCGGCGCAUCGGACCAAAAGAGUGGCGAAAAUGAGCCGUUAGAUCCAGCGACGCUGCCGGAGGGCGAACCCGAAAUCGAGAUUGAAAGUUUGAUCAUACCUGCCGUCGAGGAGCUACACUCGAAGCACAUCAGGUUAGCUGUUGAGAGGAACGGGCCUAAGUAAUAGGUCAUUCGGCCCAAGCGAGUUGCUUUGUUAAAUCAUGGACGGCGUUUUGUGUAUAUAUUCCCAAUGUCGAUGUCCCCGAUAGAGUCUAGUAAUUACAUUUAUCUCGCUACGGCUUAUACGCAGUAAGAAGCGAAGAUUCUUCAAGACGCUGAUAACUACCUUAAAUAUGAAGCUAGACCAUUCAUAUGUACCUAGUUCAGAGUGGCGCGGUGACGCAUGGAUUCAUAUGGCAGUGGUAUGGAUACUACCCAUUCUUCGAUCAUCAAUGACAUUGACGGCCUUCAUACGGGCGAGUCUGGAAGCUACGAGUCAAAAAAUAAAAA